AUGAUUACGGUAUUCACGUGUUCCGUCCCUCCCCCACACCCCCACACACCUGUUGAAAUCUCUCAUUUUAACGCGACAGGAGCCAAGCACGCCAACAAGGCGGCAGAUCCGUUGAAAUGGGUCAGGGAGCACUGUGCCGACGGGUUCGCAGUCGACCCGUUUUACGGCGCCGACGCUCAUGGCGUGGAUCUGCCCGUGUCAAUCCACCAAGGGGUGCACCCAGAAUACCUCGAGAAGGGAACCGCGGGGAUAAUCGACUACUUCAAGAAGCAGUUCUUUUCGAAGUGGUUGAAGUCGACGGAGCUGUUCGUUGUGUGCUACGAUCGCCAAGAACUAGUACCGGCAAUCAGAGGACACGAGCAGCUUGGGAGGACGGAGACACUUGGAGAGUGCUCUCGGACUUUCGACCCGAAGUCAACGGAUCCGGUUCCUUUGUUGCACCAUGGGUCAUGGCUUCGAGUCGAUGGUAAGGCGGCGCGGGACGGAAUCGCCGCCAACCUGGCGAUGCGCGUGCUGGCUGAUGAUGUAUGGACCGCCGACACCAAGCCCAACGGAAUCGUCGCAUUCUAUGGCGUCGGAGGUGAACCUCGUCUGAGUGCUGAUAAUCCAGCGGGUGUAGAUGCCGAUGUAGGCCUCGAAACAGUACCACUCCUACACGUUCGAGACGAAACCGACCCGAUCCCUGACGUCGAGCGGCACCGUGGGCCGGACAUCGGCGAAGCGGAACUCUUCGUGAUACACUUCAUCGCCCGGGCGAAGAAGUACUGGGGGAAAACGUUCGACAAGUGGGUCGCUUCAUCGGUAGACACGGACCUAUGGAUGAUCAUCCUACUGGCGAUGACCACUGGUUGGCUCCCGCCGCGUGGCGAGGAGUUCGUGUUCGCCAGCAUCUGCGAACUCCAGGACGGAAGCGAGUCCGCGUGGCCACCUGUAACCUUUAGGAGCUGGGUUCCCACGGACGCCGACAAGGUUCGUCUGUUCGUCCUAACCUUCCUGGAGUCGGGCUGUGACUGCCUCCCGGCAAUUUCCGGGCUGCCGUUCGACAAGAUGUGGGUACUCGUCCUCAAGAGCGUGCGGACGGAGGGUUUGUUUGACAAACCGCUGUUCUUCGAGGAGCAGGANGAGGAGUUCGUGUUCGCCAGCAUCUGCGAACUCCAGGACGGAAGCGAGUCCGCGUGGCCACCUGUAACCUUUAGGAGCUGGGUUCCCACGGACGCCGACAAGGUUCGUCUGUUCGUCCUAACCUUCCUGGAGUCGGGCUGUGACUGCCUCCCGGCAAUUUCCGGGCUGCCGUUCGACAAGAUGUGGGUACUCGUCCUCAAGAGCGUGCGGACGGAGGGUUUGUUUGACAAACCGCUGUUCUUCGAGGAGCAGGACGGCACGUGGGCCGUGGAUGUCGACGAAUGCGCGAAACUAUUGGCGACCAUGUUCUUCUACAAGGAUGAAGCGGCGUUUGGCAGUGCUCAACUGAGUCCACCCCAGCUGCUCGAAAGCGUCGACGGAGACGUCGAGGACUACGUGAGCUUGGUCCGCUACGUCAUCCUCCACCUCCCCAAGAAGAAGACGACAGCCACCUGUCCUUCUUCUGUUGCCUUGCGCAAGCAGGAAGAACGGGGUAACGCCAUCUUCCGGUACUGCCAGAAUGGCCUGAGGGAGACCAUGCCGACGACAGAGUUUGCCGGCAAAGGAUGGGGCGUCGAAAUCCGAGGAAAGGGGAGCGACAGCGACGAACUUACAGCCGAGAACUGCGUGCUUUGGCUGUCCGAGUAUUCUUACAUCGGCCCUGACCGCAAGACAGUCACGCUGGCGUUCGGUUGCAAUCCGGACACGGCCCUGUGCAACAGGGGGGAGGACCCCGAGUCGGACGAGAACAGCGUCGGUUCGGUCGGUGCACUCGACGAUUUGAUGAAGUUGGAUUCGGGUGAAUCUGGCUCUAGCGAUGGGGAAUCUAACAGGUUGAGCGAGAAGAGCGUCGACCCGGCCUGGAGUGACGGAGACACAGAUGAUGGUGCUGCGGAUCUCGUCACGGACGCCUGGAACUGAGACCUGGCUAGCUCUUCGGGCAGGAGCAUGUACCGUUCCCUGAGAUACCUGGCUUGGGGUUGGGGAUGAAGUUAUGGGCAUUAUUGUAAAAGAUCAGAUCUCCACAUCCUACCGAUAGAUUUCUGUGGUGUGAUUUGUUCUAACCCCCAUGUUUCAAGGCCACAUUUCGCGCGUCGUUGUUGGUAAUCAAACAGGCCCGUGCUUCACUUGGAUAAAUCCAUCCAUUUAAUACGACGACCCGGGGGUACGAGAUGUCAAACGUCGGGAACAGAGGCCGAACGCUUGCAAGCCGGCUAGAGCGCGCGUUUUCGCCCGGCCUGUUUUCGUACCUAGUUGCGCAAGGAGACGGACGGACGGAAGGCCGGGGUUCUUUUUUUCUGCCACGCUGGGUGUCCGUUGUUUAUUGGCAUGGUAUUUUGUUCUUUGCAUUUUAUCGGCUAACUGUCUGAAACCCAUUGGGGUGCUGUGUGCAUUUGGGCCUGUGUCGUUUGUACUUGCUUUAGAUAUUUGUUGUAUCCUUCAGUUCGGACAUUUUGUUGAAAGGCUUGGGCAACUCGGGGGCUCCGGUCUUGUGUGCCGUGCUCGUGUGUUAGUCCUUCCUCGCGUUUUCGAUGCACCAAUCAAUGCUUAGUGCGUGUUGAUACGUCGAGAAACGAAACUUCAAUGUGUAGGUAGGUCGGCCGUUGCCUGCGUGCGACAUCAGAUUGCACUACGUUGCUAGCGGCAAAACUCAAUGUUCCUGUAGCUGCCAUGUUACCCCGUCCUUCUCACAUUUUUUCUCCGGGAAUCAGGAGAANCUAGCGGCAAAACUCAAUGUUCCUGUAGCUGCCAUGUUACCCCGUCCUUCUCACAUUUUUUCUCCGGGAAUCAGGAGAAGCCAACAGGUUCAAGGCUAGACACGCACAUCAUGAAAAUAAGUUCUUGCUUACCUUCGGUUCCUUGGGGCGAGGCUCUCGAUCGGUUCCCUUCGUUCGUGAGUUAGCAGCGGGAAGAAUAGCCGCCCACCCGUUGCUCUAAAG